GCUGCCUUAGCCCGCGGAGAUGGCUGCUCGGCUGCUGGCAGGGCUAGUGUUGCUGAUGGGGGCGGCCCGGACGAGAAGGGAGCCGCAUUCGACAGAAGCCGCAGUGGUUGCCGCCAGCUGCACGCCAGAAGGGGCGAAGACGGUAGAGUUGCGGGGCUGCACAUUCGGGCUGCGGGACUGGAUCCGAUGCAAAGGGUUUCCGCCUUCCCCCGGCGUACUCACGCUGCGACUGAAGUACGAGGACGGCGACUGGGGCAACGCCACGACGGAACGCUAUUGCACUUCGCUUGUCGGCUUCGAAAGGUUCUGUUACGGCCACUGCACGGAUGGCCUUAGGUUCGAGGAGUUCACCGUGGGCUGGGCCGCCUUCAUUCGUCCGUGCAGGGACCGAGACUGCUUCCUGGAAGUGCACAUCUCAGAGAGCAUAGCAAACCUGAAUCCUUUUAGUUACGACAGCUCCGAUGAUCGGUUCUGGGACUUCAGCAGUCCCGUGUUCAGCGGACCAAGGGGCUCCCUGAUUUCGGUAUACUUUAAAAACCCAGACAUUUACUACAAUUCGACGGCGGCCUGUAAAAUCUCUCUCGACAACAUCUACCACUUAGGAAACACGACAAUCCAACGCUUCUCCCUUAUAUUCAACCAGAACAACAACACAGAGUUGAGGCUCGGACAGAUGCCAAAGUUGAGGAAAUUCACACUUUCCGGUACCUCAGUGCAAAACUUCCCACAAGACGCUCACGUGAUGAUGCCCGGAGUGGAGGAGCUGAUACUGCGGGACAACGUGCUGCUGCGGCCACUGCCGGCGGGCCUGUCGCUCCUGGAGCGGCUGGAGGUUCUGGACGUGUCUGGGUCGCGCGUGGGCGGCCUGUCGGGCUGGCUGCCGCCGCUGCCGCGGCGGCGUUCCGCGGCGUGCGCGCCGUCCGCAAGCUAG